UGAGUGUUGUGGAGUGUGUAGGCCAGCCCAUGGCGGACCACCGGAGUUUUCUUAUUGUUUCGUCUCCCGAUGAGAGCGCGUAAUGGCAGCGAUGGGACCACCCUCCCCCUCUCUCGCAUCCCUCAGGCGUCGGCAAGUUGUGAGAUGGUGCUCCCAAAGACCCACCAGGAGGAUGGUGUGAAGUGUCGGCCAGGAGAUCCCUGACGCUGCCGUGCAGGGCCACCUUGUUUCCUCUUCUUUCGUUUGCAAAGCUUCCUGCAUCUGAGGACAGAGGCCUGUUUUGAACUGAGUGGGAGUUCUCUCCCUCCCACUUGCUUCUCCCUCUUCUUCUCCUUUUCAUUCAACUACUUCCUCCAAAGUCAGCGCCAUGGACUGAUCCUUAUAGCACCAACCUGUCCUCCUUCCUCCUCCCUCUCUUUUCUUUUUCUUUUCUUUUUGUUUUUGUCGAGGCUUCAAGCGAAUUGCCGAGACCUGUUUCAUGCAUGUCCACUGGAGGCAGAUUCAACUUUGACGAUGGGGGGUCAUAUUGCGGUGGGUGGGAGGAGGGCAAGGCGCACGGCCAUGGGAUAUGCACGGGACCCAAGGGCCAGGGCGAGUACUGUGGGUCAUGGGCCCACGGCUUCGAGCUGCUGGGCGUCUACACUUGGCCCAGCGGGAACACUUACCAGGGCACAUGGGCGCAGGGCAAGCGACACGGUGUGGGCGUCGAGAACAAGGGUAGGUGGGUCUACAAGGGGGAAUGGACGCACGGCUUCAAGGGACGUUACGGCCUACGGGAAAGCACCGGGAUGAGCGGAAAGUACGAGGGAACGUGGAACAACGGGCUGCAAGACGGAUACGGCACUGAAACGUACUCAGACGGAGGCACAUUUCAGGGCCAGUGGGUUGGUGGGAUGCGGCAUGGCUAUGGUGUUCGCCAAAGUGUCCCAUACGGCAUGGCGGCCGUCAUCCGCUCCCCUCUCCGUACGUCCAUCAACUCCCUUCGCUCCAGUUCGGAACACAGCAACGGUACAGCUCUACUUGAUCGAACUGGCACCAUAGUUCCUGUUCCUCCCCCAGUUCCUGGCACCUUGUCCACCAGCGUCUCCAUGUGCAGCACUGGAAGCAGCGGCAGCAGUCCUGCAGUGUCUCGAGGAGGUUUCGUAUUGACGGCACACAGCGAAACUGAGCUUCUAAAAGGGAAGAGGAAGAGUGGGCUGUUCAGGAGAUCCAUUCUGUCCGGGCUAAAGCUAAGGAAGUCUGAGUCUAGGAGCUCUCUGGCUUCUCAAAGGUCGAAACAGAGCUCAUUCAGGAGUGAAGCUGGAAUGAGUACUGUGUCUUCAGCUGCAUCUGACAUCAACUCUACCAUCAGCCUUGGAGAUGCAGAUGCGGAGUUGGGAGUAGCCGAUGACGAUGUGGACGCCACAGCAACAGAAACCUACUGUGGGGAAUGGAAAAAUGACAAGAGGACAGGAUUCGGAGUGAGCAGGCGGUCCGAUGGGCUGCAGUAUGAGGGAGAGUGGCUCAGCAACAAACGCCACGGCUAUGGCUGCACCGCAUUUCCUGAUGGCACCAAAGAGGAGGGGAAGUACAAGCAGAACAUCCUGGUGAGUGGCAAGAGGAAGAACCUGAUCCCGCUCCGGGCCAGCAAGAUCAGAGAGAAGGUGGACCGAGCUGUGGAGGGAGCAGAGAAGGCAGCAGACAUCGCACGCCAGAAAGCCGAGAUUGCUCUUUCCAGGACGGCUCACGCGCAGAGUAAAGCAGAGGCAGCUGUUGGAGCAGCCCAGAAAGCUCAAGAGGAGAGUCGCAUGGCCAGAGUCACUGCCAAGCAGUUCUCCCCUUCCUUCCAGCACCCAGGAAAUGGCAUGGAGGUGCAACGUCCCAAGUGUCAGGUGUCCAGCGAGGUGGAGGGUGAGGGCUUGUCGAGUAGUGCUGGAACUGCAGACAGCCCCGACCUCUAUGUGAGGAGCACAGGCUCAGAUGACCCCUCAAAUGCCACACCAGAUCUCAGUCCUCCCUCUUCCUCACCUCCCCACAGUCCUCCCGCCCCAAUUCGGUCAUCCCAGCGCAGCAAAAGUGCUCGUUUCCACCGGCAGACUGCAGUCGACCAUGGAGACAGGGUGAAAGAAGGAGGAGAACGAGGUGAGAAGGAGGGGUCUGGAGGGCAGACAGAAAUCCAGGUGUUGAUAGAGGGAGGUAAUAGGGAGAGUGAAGGUGGAGAAGGACAGGUAGAGUACAUGCGUGCAAAAAGCUGGAGUGAGGAAAAAAGGAAAGGGGUGUUCCACAAACGAGGAGAGGGGCUCAGCGGACAAGGAACAAGCAGGACCAAUGGACAUAAACACAGCUCCUCCAAUCACAAGUCUUGGGACCAUGGCUCAUCUAAUCAUAAACAAACCAGGGGAGACAGACGGACAGAGACAUUUUCUUCUGCCUCUUGGACAUCUGGGCAUAGGGGGGCGCACAGCAGGGGAGGACGUCUUUUUGAGCAGGACGAAGAGAAAAUGAGCAAUUAUGAAAUGGAGAUGAAGCCUUUACAGCCCAGAGAUUCCACUACCCACAGGCCCCAUGGCUACGGGGAGGAGAAGCACGGGCACAGUCAUUCUCACGGAGAGGGUCGCUCACACACAUUGCAGCGACAGCGGCAUAAGAACCGAGACGGGAGAGAAGGAAGAGAGGGGAAGGAGGGCAGGGAGGGUAAAGACCAGCUAGAGAGAGUACAUCUGGCCGACAAGGUGGAUUCUCGGCCUAUACGACGGGAUCUGACCCUCUCUCCCCCUCUGAAGUCCUCCCCCAUCGCACCUGAGCACCAGGAUCAAGGUCUCAUACAGCGCAAAGCCCACUCAGCCUACAGCGUUAUCCUGGUUGCCAUGGUGAUUCUUCUCAACAUUGGAGUGGCUGUUUUGUUUAUCCAUUUUUUUAGUUAAGAGUAGCACUGUUUUCAGAAUGAGCCUACACAUGCUACCACCAUAAACAUCUAGAGUUAUUAUGAGGGAUCUGCUGUCCCUUUGUGCUCCUGGAAAAAAAAUGACUGCAGCCACCGAAAGAGGACAUUAAGGGGUAAAAUCCAAAAGAUUUGGGCUCAAGAUGGCAGCCGUUGAGGUGACAGUGCAGUGCAGAGCCCAAUGAAUGUAAGAAGGAUACACCAGCCUAGGUAAAUGGGCUGCAUAUGACAGUCCAGAAACUGAACUAAAGUGAGCUUCAAUAGUUCACAUCUUCACGGAAACUUGUCUAAUUCCCAGGCCCUGGCGUUAUAGCAAGUAAUGCCUGCUUCCAUUGUCUGGAGACAAAAUAUAUAUGAACUUUUUCAUCUUCAAACCAUAGUUUACAACAGAUUUAUAAAAUCUAAUUUCUUGAUGAACAUUUUCUUUCAUGUAUAAUAUGUUGAUGGAUAUAUUUAUUUUGUAAUCCCUGCACUUGA